GACCCCCCAGGCUUAGGCUUAGCUGGAGCCUUAUAAUGCUUAGGGGAAGUUAGGAAGAGAAGGAAGCAUUUAUAAAGGGGAAGGGGCUAGAGGGCAAACAGCCCCCAGGUCGGGGGUCAUUGGCCUUGAAUGGCUUUGGCCUCGGGUCAGCCAUGAGACUUUGGGGGUCCUAGUUUUCUAGAGAGGCUGUAGAGGACCUCUUAGGGACUAGUAGCUUGAAAAUAAAAAUUGGGGAGAGGAGCAAAAGCCAACCAACCUACAGUAAACUUGGCUGCAGAUUUGGCUGUGAAAACAGGAUUUGAUAGGAAGGCAGAGUAGUCUAGGUACUUGGUAGGAGGAAGGAGAAAGAAAGGAAGGGGAGAGGGAGAUAGGCAUAGGGGCAUGAAUGUCGCAGACUUGGAAACACAGUCGUGGUAGGGAAAGUCAGAGAGUUGGGUCCACAUUCGAUCCAAACUGAGUUUAGAUCCUAGUGAAGGUCUCUCAUCACGGCUUAUUGGAAAACCUGUUUUUAAUUUCUGGAGCUUUGCACAGCCCCAAAGGGAAAGGGGCUGCUAAGCUUGCUUUGUCUCAUGGGUUAGCAGUCCCUCUGUCUGAACUUAGCAGCUUGACUUCCCCUGGGAGGCCAAUCAGGAAUCCUGGCUUGGAUCCCAACAGCCCAACAUGCUUGGACCAAUCGUGGUUUGCUUUGAUGGGCAGAAAACCCCCAAUUGCCCAAGACAGUGAAUCCAAAGAAAGUACUUGCUUGUGGAGUAGUUUACUAGAAGGACUUGACUUGAGAAAUCAAUAGCCUAUUGAUCAAUUGAUUACUUGGGUUUCCUAUUGGAAACCGCCCCAGGGCAACAGAGGCAGGAUGCCCCUGAACCCCAAAAUUGAUCCUCGCUACUUCGUGCUGAUCAGACCACUACCUGUCCCUACCCAGAAGGGUUUAAAGAUCCAGGCACGGAGCAAAACCAUUUACAACUGCUGGGAUGUGCCAAGAGAGCAAGUAUUUCGAGAGAGCUAUAAUCGGAGAGCCAAACAACUCUCACAACAGGGGUAUUUUACCCCCUGCUGGAAACCCUAUCAGGAUUUCGGGGACCCCCUUUACCUUGAUCCCAGAAAACUCACCCUCUACGGUCUGGGACAGCUACCUCCGGAUCUCUACAAAGAGGAAGUUGCUUUGGAAGAAUUCGCCGAACCAUUGGAAACCGAGCUUUCCAAGAAGUUGAAACCAACGCUCCUGGAACCGGAGAAGAAACUUCUGCCGAUUCGACAUAUAGAGAAGGAUUUGAGGACCCUCCCCAGAGACCUCGUGCACAUGAGGCAUCUGAUCAACUCGGUGAAGAUCGGGCGGGGGUACUUCCAUAGUCUUCGUCGAGAAUCCAUCAAGAGGAGGACCGCCUCCAGCCUGGAAGAGCGGAGGGAGGAAGAGAGGAGAAGGACGGAGUUUCAGCCCCCUCACUACCCAUCCUCCUCCUCGGAGGAAGACUCCGACUCCGAAUCUGAUUUCUUUUUAACAGGAGGCUUCUUGGUGAGCGAGACAGAAAAGAAGAAGAAGAAGAAAAUGGCCCGGCCUUUCACCCCCAUCCAUAAUGGCUUGCUGUCACAAAAACAUCCAGAGGCCCAUUUUGACUCCAUCUUCCGGCAACUCUGUGCCCUUAACUGGCUCCUGGAAGCUUUGACCCUGGAGCCCUGCAGUAGCAUGAAGCCCUUGAUCGCCUGCUGGAACCCCAAGGACUACGGUGGUGGGAAAAGUUGCAUGAAAACCAUCAAUAAAGAGAAGGCGGUGAAGAAUCGGUGGGAGCAUUUUGUUCAGCAUGCAAAGGGCAGAAGAUAUACCCAGAAGCAGAUUCGGGGCCCGUCCAGCAAAAAGUCACCUAAGAUGACAGGGAGCAUGUCCAAGAUCAGUGGGCUGUCCUCGCCACAUAGUAAGACCACCUUGGCCAGCACCAGCUCUUUGACGCCCGGCUCCGAUGAAGUCGCCCAACCUACGUCGGAAAGCGCCAAGGAGGUGGAAGAGCUGGAGUCCAGCUACAGCAAGCAGACGAAGGAGGAGGAAGAACCCCUGAGCUACUACCUGCAGACCUUACUUCGGAUGAUACACGAAGAUGUGGCUAAGAAUUUUAGCAAGGAAAAUAUGUUUUGGAAUACGAAACCACAGUAUCUACAUAUGUACGAUCCGGACAGCGAAAUAUCGUUUGGACAACGGGGCAAGAGCUCUGCAACAUCUUCAAAGGACGAAAAAACCAGCACAGGGAUACACAAAGAAGGAAGCACAGUGCAGGCCAAGAGAAAGAGUUCGAUGGUUGUCACUGUCCGAGAAGAUAAAACCACCACUGCCACAUAUAUGGAAGAUGACAAAGCAUCAGAGCUUUGCAGUCCUGAAAGCUCUUUCAUUAGAAGGAAGCAGCAACUCUGUCAUGAAAUGAGAGAAUUGUUUUUUGACAUCUCCCAAGAAAACGCCUUCCGGCUGCACGAUCAACUCGACAUCCUGGAGAGGAGACGAGAGGAGAAGAACAUUCGGAAAUUCCUGUGCCUGAACUAUCUUACCCGUUUCCGGAAAGACCUCGAGCGAAUGAGACAAUCCGUGGUGGGCAAAGAGCCUGAACAAGAUGCAGAGUCGGAAAACUGGUUUUCAACUUUGCUGGAAAGGAUUCCAGAUGACAUCAGAAGAGACCGCCGUGCCCAGAAAGUCCUCAAGAAGCUGGAAAGGUUUGCUAGGAAUCCGGACUUACGCAUCCGGCCUCCCACUUUUUUGAAGGUCUUGGGAGAACUUCGGAUCUGGGAAAUUUGCUCUCCAGACAUCUGCGCAGCUGUAGAGUUCCUGCGUGAAUAUAUUGUGGAUAUGCCUGAAGAAGACUACAAGCAGUGGUUGCAGGCUCGGGUGCCGUUCCCCAAACGGGUGCACAGCGCCCCUCCUCUCUGACCCCGACAUGCCUGGCUCAAAUAGAUCGGGAUCCCCUUUGUGAAAGAAAGGGUUGCUGGGGAUCACCAAGAGAUCACAUUCUGGGGAAUGCCGAAGGAGCCAACUGGAAGACUAGGAAAUGCUCAUUCUCAAAAGUCUGUUUAGAACGCUUUUCAGUUGCAGGUUCAAAAGCCAGAGAAUUGAUCAGCCAAAGCCAUCUUCACCUUAGAAGAUCGUUAUUCUUCUUUGUCAAUGUUUUUGUUGCUGUUGCACUGAAUUUCACGUUUAUAUAUGGGGAGAGGAACUGUUACACAAGAGAAUUUAGUCCAGUUCUGGUCUGUGGGACAGCAGAUUCCUUACGGUGAUCAGCUUCUUCCACUGAACAAGCAGGCCUUAGGGUCCAUCGGUUCCGACUCUUAACUUGUUACGGUUAUUUUUUCUGGUUCUGUAUUUAAUUUGGAUGGAUUAAAAUCCCUUUUCAAGCAUUGUAUAA